AUGCAAGACAUCUCCAGCCAGCCUGCUGAAACGUCCACCGCUGCAACAUCCAGCACAGCUAUCACAGCCACUUCUGCUCUGCUCACAAGCACCAAUGCAGGCCCCACUACUUCCACCACCAUCUUCACUUCACCUCCCACUCGGCCACCAACCACACCUCCAGGCCUCGAGCGUUUCACCGUCAACUUCACCAUCACCAAUCUCCCCUACGAUUCCGACCUGCACGUUCCUCACUCGGCCAAGCUCAACAGCACCCAGAGGGUCAUGACCACCUUGCUCAACCGCCUUCUCAAGGACACCAGCAUUGGCCCCAAUUUCCUUGGAUGUGCAACGACAGCCUUCAGGUCCCUGAGGCAAGGCGACAACACAGGCGUGGACCUCGUCUGCAGCUACAGGAAGGAGCCCUCCAGCCCUGACUUGGACAGGGUGGGCCUUUACCACGAAGUGAGCAACAAGACCAGAGCCGUCACGCGCCUGGGCCCCUACAGCCUGGACAGGACCAGCCUCUACGUCAACGGUUACAACGAACAGCCAGUGACGCGGCCAGUGACGCCCACUCCCACUCGGCCACCAACCACACCUCCAGGCCUCGAGCGUUUCACCGUCAACUUCACCAUCACCAAUCUCCCCUACGAUUCCGACCUGCACGUUCCUCACUCGGCCAAGCUCAACAGCACCCAGAGGGUCAUGACCACCUUGCUCAACCGCCUUCUCAAGGACACCAGCAUUGGCCCCAAUUUCCUUGGAUGUGCAACGACAGCCUUCAGGUCCCUGAGGCAAGGCGACAACACAGGCGUGGACCUCGUCUGCAGCUACAGGAAGGAGCCCUCCAGCCCUGACUUGGACAGGGUGGGCCUUUACCACGAAGUGAGCAACAAGACCAGAGCCGUCACGCGCCUGGGCCCCUACAGCCUGGACAGGACCAGCCUCUACGUCAACGGUUACAACGAACAGCCAGUGACGCGGCCAGUGACGCCCACUCCCACUCGGCCACCAACCACACCUCCAGGCCUCGAGCGUUUCACCGUCAACUUCACCAUCACCAAUCUCCCCUACGAUUCCGACCUGCACGUUCCUCACUCGGCCAAGCUCAACAGCACCCAGAGGGUCAUGACCACCUUGCUCAACCGCCUUCUCAAGGACACCAGCAUUGGCCCCAAUUUCCUUGGAUGUGCAACGACAGCCUUCAGGUCCCUGAGGCAAGGCGACAACACAGGCGUGGACCUCGUCUGCAGCUACAGGAAGGAGCCCUCCAGCCCUGACUUGGACAGGGUGGGCCUUUACCACGAAGUGAGCAACAAGACCAGAGCCGUCACGCGCCUGGGCCCCUACAGCCUGGACAGGACCAGCCUCUACGUCAACGGUUACAACGAACAGCCAGUGACGCGGCCAGUGACGCCCACUCCCACUCGGCCACCAACCACACCUCCAGGCCUCGAGCGUUUCACCGUCAACUUCACCAUCACCAAUCUCCCCUACGAUUCCGACCUGCACGUUCCUCACUCGGCCAAGCUCAACAGCACCCAGAGGGUCAUGACCACCUUGCUCAACCGCCUUCUCAAGGACACCAGCAUUGGCCCCAAUUUCCUUGGAUGUGCAACGACAGCCUUCAGGUCCCUGAGGCAAGGCGACAACACAGGCGUGGACCUCGUCUGCAGCUACAGGAAGGAGCCCUCCAGCCCUGACUUGGACAGGGUGGGCCUUUACCACGAAGUGAGCAACAAGACCAGAGCCGUCACGCGCCUGGGCCCCUACAGCCUGGACAGGACCAGCCUCUACGUCAACGGUUACAACGAACAGCCAGUGACGCGGCCAGUGACGCCCACUCCCACUCGGCCACCAACCACACCUCCAGGCCUCGAGCGUUUCACCGUCAACUUCACCAUCACCAAUCUCCCCUACGAUUCCGACCUGCACGUUCCUCACUCGGCCAAGCUCAACAGCACCCAGAGGGUCAUGACCACCUUGCUCAACCGCCUUCUCAAGGACACCAGCAUUGGCCCCAAUUUCCUUGGAUGUGCAACGACAGCCUUCAGGUCCCUGAGGCAAGGCGACAACACAGGCGUGGACCUCGUCUGCAGCUACAGGAAGGAGCCCUCCAGCCCUGACUUGGACAGGGUGGGCCUUUACCACGAAGUGAGCAACAAGACCAGAGCCGUCACGCGCCUGGGCCCCUACAGCCUGGACAGGACCAGCCUCUACGUCAACGGUUACAACGAACAGCCAGUGACGCGGCCAGUGACGCCCACUCCCACUCGGCCACCAACCACACCUCCAGGCCUCGAGCGUUUCACCGUCAACUUCACCAUCACCAACCUCCCCUACGAUUCCGACCUGCACGUUCCUCACUCGGCCAAGCUCAACAGCACCCAGAGGGUCAUGACCACCUUGCUCAACCGCCUUCUCAAGGACACCAGCAUUGGCCCCAAUUUCCUUGGAUGUGCAACGACAGCCUUCAGGUCCCUGAGGCAAGGCGACAACACAGGCGUGGACCUCGUCUGCAGCUACAGGAAGGAGCCCUCCAGCCCUGACUUGGACAGGGUGGGCCUUUACCACGAAGUGAGCAACAAGACCAGAGCCGUCACGCGCCUGGGCCCCUACAGCCUGGACAGGACCAGCCUCUACGUCAACGGUUACAACGAACAGCCAGUGACGCGGCCAGUGACGCCCACUCCCACUCGGCCACCAACCACACCUCCAGGCCUCGAGCGUUUCACCGUCAACUUCACCAUCACCAAUCUCCCCUACGAUUCCGACCUGCACGUUCCUCACUCGGCCAAGCUCAACAGCACCCAGAGGGUCAUGACCACCUUGCUCAACCGCCUUCUCAAGGACACCAGCAUUGGCCCCAAUUUCCUUGGAUGUGCAACGACAGCCUUCAGGUCCCUGAGGCAAGGCGACAACACAGGCGUGGACCUCGUCUGCAGCUACAGGAAGGAGCCCUCCAGCCCUGACUUGGACAGGGUGGGCCUUUACCACGAAGUGAGCAACAAGACCAGAGCCGUCACGCGCCUGGGCCCCUACAGCCUGGACAGGACCAGCCUCUACGUCAACGGUUACAACGAACAGCCAGUGACGCGGCCAGUGACGCCCACUCCCACUCGGCCACCAACCACACCUCCAGGCCUCGAGCGUUUCACCGUCAACUUCACCAUCACCAAUCUCCCCUACGAUUCCGACCUGCACGUUCCUCACUCGGCCAAGCUCAACAGCACCCAGAGGGUCAUGACCACCUUGCUCAACCGCCUUCUCAAGGACACCAGCAUUGGCCCCAAUUUCCUUGGAUGUGCAACGACAGCCUUCAGGUCCCUGAGGCAAGGCGACAACACAGGCGUGGACCUCGUCUGCAGCUACAGGAAGGAGCCCUCCAGCCCUGACUUGGACAGGGUGGGCCUUUACCACGAAGUGAGCAACAAGACCAGAGCCGUCACGCGCCUGGGCCCCUACAGCCUGGACAGGACCAGCCUCUACGUCAACGGUUACAACGAACAGCCAGUGACGCGGCCAGUGACGCCCACUCCCACUCGGCCACCAACCACACCUCCAGGCCUCGAGCGUUUCACCGUCAACUUCACCAUCACCAACCUCCCCUACGAUUCCGACCUGCACGUUCCUCACUCGGCCAAGCUCAACAGCACCCAGAGGGUCAUGACCACCUUGCUCAACCGCCUUCUCAAGGACACCAGCAUUGGCCCCAAUUUCCUUGGAUGUGCAACGACAGCCUUCAGGUCCCUGAGGCAAGGCGACAACACAGGCGUGGACCUCGUCUGCAGCUACAGGAAGGAGCCCUCCAGCCCUGACUUGGACAGGGUGGGCCUUUACCACGAAGUGAGCAACAAGACCAGAGCCGUCACGCGCCUGGGCCCCUACAGCCUGGACAGGACCAGCCUCUACGUCAACGGUUACAACGAACAGCCAGUGACGCGGCCAGUGACGCCCACUCCCACUCGGCCACCAACCACACCUCCAGGCCUCGAGCGUUUCACCGUCAACUUCACCAUCACCAAUCUCCCCUACGAUUCCGACCUGCACGUUCCUCACUCGGCCAAGCUCAACAGCACCCAGAGGGUCAUGACCACCUUGCUCAACCGCCUUCUCAAGGACACCAGCAUUGGCCCCAAUUUCCUUGGAUGUGCAACGACAGCCUUCAGGUCCCUGAGGCAAGGCGACAACACAGGCGUGGACCUCGUCUGCAGCUACAGGAAGGAGCCCUCCAGCCCUGACUUGGACAGGGUGGGCCUUUACCACGAAGUGAGCAACAAGACCAGAGCCGUCACGCGCCUGGGCCCCUACAGCCUGGACAGGACCAGCCUCUACGUCAACGGUUACAACGAACAGCCAGUGACGCGGCCAGUGACGCCCACUCCCACUCGGCCACCAACCACACCUCCAGGCCUCGAGCGUUUCACCGUCAACUUCACCAUCACCAAUCUCCCCUACGAUUCCGACCUGCACGUUCCUCACUCGGCCAAGCUCAACAGCACCCAGAGGGUCAUGACCACCUUGCUCAACCGCCUUCUCAAGGACACCAGCAUUGGCCCCAAUUUCCUUGGAUGUGCAACGACAGCCUUCAGGUCCCUGAGGCAAGGCGACAACACAGGCGUGGACCUCGUCUGCAGCUACAGGAAGGAGCCCUCCAGCCCUGACUUGGACAGGGUGGGCCUUUACCACGAAGUGAGCAACAAGACCAGAGCCGUCACGCGCCUGGGCCCCUACAGCCUGGACAGGACCAGCCUCUACGUCAACGGUUACAACGAACAGCCAGUGACGCGGCCAGUGACGCCCACUCCCACUCGGCCACCAACCACACCUCCAGGCCUCGAGCGUUUCACCGUCAACUUCACCAUCACCAAUCUCCCCUACGAUUCCGACCUGCACGUUCCUCACUCGGCCAAGCUCAACAGCACCCAGAGGGUCAUGACCACCUUGCUCAACCGCCUUCUCAAGGACACCAGCAUUGGCCCCAAUUUCCUUGGAUGUGCAACGACAGCCUUCAGGUCCCUGAGGCAAGGCGACAACACAGGCGUGGACCUCGUCUGCAGCUACAGGAAGGAGCCCUCCAGCCCUGACUUGGACAGGGUGGGCCUUUACCACGAAGUGAGCAACAAGACCAGAGCCGUCACGCGCCUGGGCCCCUACAGCCUGGACAGGACCAGCCUCUAUGUCAAUGAUUACAAUGAACCACAUGAUCUGUCAUUGGAAAAGCCAUUCAACACACAAAGCUUGGGACAAAUAAUACAGCAAUUCACAGUGAACUUCACCAUAACCAACCUCAAGUUCACUACAGACCUAGGGAGAUCCCAUUCUGCUAUAUUCAAUUCUACCAAGAAAAUAAUGCAACAUUAUAUUGACCCUCUGCUUCGGAAAAGCAGCAUUGGCCCUGACUUCAUUGGCUGCAAAGCAAUACUAUUCAGGUCAGUGACGAAUAGAAACAGCACAGCAGUAGACAGCAUCUGCAGCUACAGAAAUGGCUCCCAAGUGCCCAAUUUUGACAAAGCUGCAGUUUAUCAAGAACUAAGGACCAUGACAAUCAACAUCACCAAAUUAGGAAUCUAUAAACUGGAUAAGGAGAGCCUCUAUGUCAACGGUUAUAACGAACCACUCCAGAGAUCACAUCUGAGAGUAACUACUGCUCCAAGCCCAACAACCAGCCAUUUCACACUUAAUUUCACCUUGACCAACUUCCAAUAUACUGCAGAUCUGGAUGCACCAAAUUCCCAAAGAUUCAUUUCCACAGAGAAAGUUAUCAAACAUUACAUUGACCCUCUGUUCAAAAGAAGCAGCAUAAGCUCUGUCUACACUGGAUGUAAAGUGAUGAGGUUUAGGUCUGGGAGACGCAGAGGUGACACAGGUGUGGAUGCUGUCUGCAGCUACAAAAACAACGUCAGCAUGGCCAGGUUUGACAGAGAAACAGUUUAUCACGAGCUGAGCACCAUGACAAAUGGCAUCACCAAACUAGGGCACUACAGCCUAGAGAAGAACAGUCUGCAUGUUAAUGGUUUCCACCUCACAGACACAGCUACCACCAGAAAGCCUGUCUUGAAUAAAGCUCCAGCCAUAACAGGAUACAAACUGAGCUUUAGAAUAGUCAAUGAAAACUUAACUAACCCAGACUCUCAGUCUCCAGAAUACAAAGCAGCACUGGAAAGCAUCAGUAAAAAGCUGAACCAAUUAUACCAUCAGAGCAACCUGCAAGACCAGUUCCUAAACUGCAGUAUCACAAGACUAAGGGCUGGAUCCAUAGUGGUUGACUGCAAUUGCUUCUUCCAGCAAGAGCCCAGCAUCAACAGGGCUGUGGUUGAAAGGGCUUUUCAGAAUGGGACUUCAAAUACAACUGGACUAUGGUUGGGAAGCAGCUAUCAGUUGCAAGAAUUCUCAGUAGAUGGCUUGGAACUAGCAAUUCAAGCAGCAACUGACAAAACACCUCUCAGGUCUGAGAAAGAAAGCUUCAGAUUAAAAUUCAGAAUCACCAAUCUUCCAUACUCCCCAGAACUGCAGGACUCCAGGUCACAGAUGUACCAAGAGAACAAAGAGAAAAUUGAGAAAGAGCUCAAUGUAUUCAGAAAUAGUAGCAUGAAGAACUACUUUGCUGGCUGUACCGUGGAGAGUUUUGGGCCAGUCCAUGGGAAACCUUACACAAGCAUCACCUCUGUCUGCAAAUUCACACAUGAUCCCUUCUUAAGGACUUUACAAAAGCAAGAGGUGUAUGAAGAGCUGCAACGCUUGACAGAUGGGUUCACCAAGCUGGGCCCCACCUAUGAGCUGGAUGAGCAGAGUUUAGUGGUUGAAGAUUACUCUUCGCUCUCAACAGCAGAACAAGACUCCAAAAGAUCUGAGCUUCAGUUCUGGGCAAUAAUCCUCAUCUGCGUUUUUGCCCUGCUUGGGUUCAUUCUCCUCCUGUUGUUAUGCUUCCUGAUUGUCUUUUGCCUAAGAAGAAAGUCAGAUCUGUACCAGGUUCAGCAGGGCAUGUACGGUGUGUUCUUCCCACAUCUGGGCACAAAAAUCCAUUGACAGAACAGAUGAAGUAUUGUCUUCACAGACCUGUCAUCCGUUCAUGAAGGAAAAAUGUUUACAAAUACUAGAAAAAUGUUUCUUUAAUAAAUUAUGUUUAGCAUUUUCUCUUGUCUUGGGGUAAAUCUUUGCAUUCUUACCACAAUUAUUUUCAUACUAUGGGAAAUUGCCAACAACACAGUUUCAUCCCAAACCAGAAAAUGCAUCUGUCCCAUCAAGAUCUCUGAUUGAGCAUCGCAUAGUAUAGGGCCUGAUGUCACUUUUAUGGACACUGGGACUUUUCCUGCCCUUACAACCACAGCAGUGCCCAUGAGCUCAGAGCACCACAGCUUGCUGCAGAGCACAGAGGGAGGUGGUGCUGAUCUCUAGGUAAUUAUUCAAUGCUAUCAUUAGACUCUGUGCUGAAAGUGAAAGCACUAGAGUUAAUGAAACCACGAUUAGUCAUUAAUCCUUCCACUGCAGGCAAGGUUUCCAUGCAAACUGCCUUUUUACUUUCAAAGCAAACCUCCUCAGGGCAGGUUGGACCGGUUUACCUCCCAGGUCAGGUUCCUCACUGCAGAGCAGAGCCUGAGGAAUAGAAACCUUUUUGCUUGAUCAAACAAAGGUUUUCAAGCACCCAGGAUUAUGUCAGCAUCACCAGCUUAAAAGCUUUCUGCAGCAGCUUGUGAAAGACUUUGCAGGUUUCUGUGCCACCCACAUGUGACAGCAGCCGCGAUAGCAAAGCUGUGAGCAAAGGACUUUCCAGCUCCAGCUUUGAAGGCUCUAUCCCACAUCUUCCCCACAUCCCAUGUCCCUGCCGUGCCUGAGCACCCCCCUCCCUCUCACCCAAGGAGGUGCAAGGGAAGCAAACAGUGGGACAGCGCAGGGUGCAGAGAUGUGACAGCCAGCACGCACCACACUGCUGUUUUGUAGAGCCAAUUCCUAGAGGUGCUGAGUUUUCUUUUUUUAAAUGCUGUGCCCACAGAGCAGAGCUGCUGCACUGCUGUGAGCUGUGCCACCUCCUGCUCCUCUCCCAGGGCUUUGCCGAGACCAGGAGCAGCUGGCACUUGUCUUAGAGAACACAUCAGCAGCCCCUGUGCUGGCACUGCUGCCCCAUGCAGCCACUGGGACAAAACCUUGCAUUGUCCCCAUGGAGCUCCUGGCAGCACCCUGGGACCAGUACAGACCUGAGAGCACUGGGACAAACUUUCCUGUACCACAGCAAGUUACAAACACUGAUGUAAUUCAGAAAAACCUUAGUUUAGAUGCAGCAUAGCAGCACUUAACACUCUCUGACCUAUUUGAGGGCACUCCAGAAAGCCAAGAAAUCAUCCCAGCAAUACCAUGCUACUCCAUUUCCUGAGGUGUUGCUGCAGACAUGUCCUCUGCAGAAGGAGCCACUGCUGGACAUGUCAAGCAUUCCCCUCUCCCUGGCUCAGCCACCAGUGCUCCCUGGAAAACCAGGGCAUGCAUCAUACAUCCAACCUUACUAACUUCUGCCACCAUGGGCAGAGCAUCCAAACCCAGUCCUGCCAGUCUCCUCCACCCAGCCCCUAAAAGCUAUGCUGCAGUUAACAAAGCUGAAGUACACUUAAGGAGCACCAAGGCAGCCAAGGGCAUUUGAUACCAGUCCAGAUACCUUACUGAAGAGCUGCAGAAAGGAAGCUAAGAGAGCAGCAGCAGCUUGAGCAUGCCAUGGGGAUGGCUGAUACCCUCUGUGGACCUGCUUCCUAAGAGGAAGUGACCUGCACACACCAUGGCACUGCUGAGCAUCCCUGCAUGAUGUCACAAUGCUCUCCCUGUUUUGCUUGGACCUGUGCCUACAUUUGCUAUGGAGCUGUGGUUCACAACCAGAGCCCACAGCAGCUCAUAGUGACACAGGCAGCCCAGCCCUGGCCAUGACCUGGCCUCAGGCACUGCACAGUUCCUGGAAUGGGGCACCACCCGUUCCCUGUGGUGGGGAUUAGUCUGCAGGG